AUGGCUCGUUACAGUUUUGAUAUCACCAGCGAUUAUGUACGACAGCCGCAGAAACACCGACAGUCGCCGCCGUACCAGCAACACACAAGCGUCGGACAGCACAACCAAGCACCUGCGCGACAAUCUGGUCAUCGAUCGCUGAGAAAAGCUCAAGCGGAAGACAUGUUAGAAAAAUACCACUUUGUCGGAUUUGAAAAGGGCGAUCCGGUCUCUGGAGACUCAGAUCUCUGGCAGAUAACAAGUGAGGUUAUCGAGGAUAGUAUCCGCCAGUACAGGAUUAGAGACGCCAACGUCGAAGCUGGUCAAAUGAUACAUAUCACAGUAUACAGCGGCGAAGACCUAAAGGAUCACAAAGCCAGCCUCGUCCCAGAACUGCAGAGGAAGGUAGACAAAAAGACCAAGGAUCUCGAAAAAUACGAUCGGUUCGACUGGGAUCUGGUGCAGCUUGAAGAACUAUGUGUCAACCUGCUCGGCCCGCCCGAUAAAGAAAAUAGCGAUAGUAGAGACAAAACGGACAAAGAAAAAAAAAGGGCCGGGAAAGAUAAGCGGAACACCAAGGAUAAAGAAAAGAAUCAGGUCGUCCUGGCGACUUCCCACAAAAGGUCAAAAAAGCCCCUGAUGAAACGGAUAGCCAUGAUUGCCAUUUACGAACGAGUUCCGAGAUUGAGAUUAGGAGAGGAUACUUUGGCCUUGCACAAAGAACAAACGCCAAAGAACUCCAACUCACCUCCAAGACCUCAUGUCGAGUCCAAUGCCCGGCCUGUGCCACAGCAAGGCGAGGUACCGCGACACGUCCCUCGCGAAGGCAUCUACGCGACGCCAGUGCCCAUCCAUGCACAACCGGCCGCGGAACCCACACCAGAUCCCCAGGUAGCUCGCGAAGCAGACUCGGGACAGCAAAUUACGGCGCCGUCGUACACUCAACCGAUACAAAGCCCCCAGGGCGCGCAGUCGACUCAAGCUGCGGGAAUACGAAGGCGCAGCCAUUGCAGCCCCUUCGACCUGUUUUCCUAUAUAUGGAACAGAACUCUGAGCCAGCGCAGGUCUUUCAGCAGCCGCAGAAGCCGCAGCAGCCUCGCCAAACUCACCAAGCUCAGCAGCCUCACCAAGCUCAGCAGCCUCAGCAGCCUCAGAAAUCUCACGCCUUUGACUACCGUCAGCAGUCUCAGCAGCGUCAGCCACUUCAGCACCUUCCCAACCCUCAGCAGACUCAACACGUUCAGCGCCCUCGGCAGCCUGAGCAGCCUCAGCAAGCUCAGCCGCCCCAGGACCUUCAAACCCCUCACCAAACUCAGCACUCUCAGCACUCUCAGCCCAUCCAGCCCCAUCAGCGACCCCAUCACCCCAAUCCACCUCCCGAGCCGCACCAAACUCAUGAGUCUCACCAAGCUCGGCCACAUCAGCAACCGCAGCCACAUCAACAGCCGGCUGUGCAGCAGCGUGCAGCAAAUGCGCCGCCUGUUCUACGCAAACCGACGGGAAAUUCCACCCGUGGUGCAAACGUGA